AUGGCCAGAUCAGAAAUGUUGUCCUCGCUUCGCCAUCCACCGACCCCGUCCAUGAUGGCGGAUUACACCCUCCCUAUAUCGGUGGACCCUGUGUCCCUGGUGACAACAGAAUGCAUCACCGUCACCUCGGCUAUGCGGAAACAUGCCCGCUGGGCUCACUCCUCCGUGGCUGCCAUUCUCGGCGGCAGCGGCUCAACCAAAGGUAGCGACCGCGACAUCACAACCUCCCCCAUUCCAAGCUCGAGAAGCGGUGUCUCUGGAAACAAAAGGGGCUCUUCAGAUAAAUUACAAAUAUCUAGCGAUGGCGAUUUUGCGUUGGCCAAUCGAUGGGGGCUGAGGGGUAAGAAAGGGAAGAGCAUCCAAGACAACCCAUUGAUAUCCGCAUUUACUCGCUUGCGGAGUGAUUUGAAGUCAUGCAGAGACAUCAGGGCUUUUGAUGCCCCGGCGUUGUUACAUCCAUUCCUACAGGUCAUUCGAUCGUCGUCUACAUCCGCGCCGAUUACCUCCCUGGCUUUGGUGGCAGUCACCAAAUUUCUCGCAUACGAUAUUGUCAACCGUCACUCUCCUCGUAUCUCUGUAGCAAUGCAACUGCUAUCAGCUGCAAUCACACACUGUCGCUUUGAGGCCAGCGAUACCGUUGCCGACGAAGUAGUUCUGUUGAGAAUUCUCAAGCUGAUGGAAGGAAUGCUGUCACGACCGGAAGGCGAGCUUCUCGGAGAUGAGAGUGUCUGUGAAAUGAUGGAAACAGGAUUGAGUAUGUGCUGUCAGAACCGUCUAUCAGAAUUGCUUCGCCGGUCAGCCGAAAUGUCCAUGAUCAAUAUGUGCCAGGUGAUAUUUGUCCGGUUAUCCGCAAUCGACAUCGAGGAAUUUCAUGACGAUACUCAAAAUCAGCAGCGUCAGAUCGAGGAUGACUUGGCCAACCUCAAAAUGGACCCUGCUGUCAAUGGAGAUACGGUCAUUCCUCAGCAUCCGUCGACGAUGGGUUCUGAUACUAUAGCAGUUGAGAAGGAAGAGAAGGAACGCACAAGCAACGAGGAACCCAAAGUUACGACAAACGGCGAGACACCAACAGCUACAGCGACGGAAAAUGAGGAGUCGGAAGCAGCUGAAGCACUACCUUACGGCAUACUGUCUAUUCGAGAGUUAUUCCGUGUCUUAAUAGAUCUCUUAGAUCCACAUAAUUCACAACAUACUGAUACCAUGCGGGUCAUGGCUCUGCGGAUAAUCGACGUUGCACUCGAAGUCUCGGGUCCUUCUGUUGCGCGACAUCCUACUCUUGCAGCCCUUGCAGAAGAUGACUUGUGUCGUCAUCUCUUUCAGCUGGUACGUUCGGAGAAUAUGGCAAUUCUGAAUGCUUCUCUGAGGGUGGCUGGAACGCUGCUCUCAACGUGCCGUUCAGUCUUGAAGCUGCAACAAGAACUUUAUCUGUCAUACCUCGUUGCCUGUCUUCAUCCUCGAGUUGAUAUUCCGAGGGAACCCGGCAUCAAUCCAUCGCUAUACGAGGGUGUUCCGCAAGCGCCGAAACUCGUCAAACCGCUCCCAGGACAACCUGGCGAUGGCCGCGCGCAGACACCUGUUCCCGUGCAAGAUAGGCAAAGAUUGGGCUUAGAGGGCGGUUCCAGAAAGCCAGAAGCUCGAGAGGCAAUGGUUGAGAGCAUUGGUGUUUUAGCUCGUAUGCCGGGUUUUAUGGUGGAAUUAUUCAUUAAUUACGACAGUGAAGUAGAUCGGKCGGACCUUUGUGAAGACAUGGUAGGAUUGCUUUCCCGAAACGCGUUUCCAGACUCGGCUACCUGGAGCACUACGAAUGUGCCACCCUUGUGCCUCGAUUCUCUUCUAGGCUAUAUACAAUUUAUCGCCGAUAGGCUUGAUGAUGAACCUCAAUACGAAGGCUAUCCAGACCCGGAAAAGCUCAAGAGCCAACGACAGAGGAAAAAAGUCAUUGUGCGAGGCGCUACCAAGUUUAACGAAGACCCCAAAGCUGGAAUUGCGUAUCUUACUUCACAAGGUAUUAUUGAAAAUAACGACGAUCCUGAACUUGUUGCUCGCUUCUUGAAGGGCACCACCCGUAUCUCAAAGAAAAUCCUUGGUGAAUUCAUUGCUAAGAAACAAAAUGAAAAACUAUUGGCAGCCUUUAUAAACUUGUUUGACUUCGCUGGCAAAUCUGUUAUUGAGGCUCUUCGUGAACUUCUUGGCUCGUUUCGACUACCAGGUGAAUCGCCAUUAAUCGAAAGGAUAGUGACAUUUUUCUCCGAGAUAUACAUGGCGAAAGCACAGCCUGAGGGAAUUGCAGACAAGGAUGCUCUUUUUGUUUUGAUUUACGGCAUCAUUAUGCUGAACACUAAUCUUUACAAUCCAAAUGUCAAGAAUGCUGACCGCAUGACUUGCGUGGAUUUCUCAAGAAAUCUCAGAGGAGUGAAUGGCGGCAAGGAUUUCGACCAAGAUGAAUUACAAAGCAUCUAUGAUUCCAUCAAGCAUAACGAGAUUAUUCUUCCUGAUGAACACGAGAACAAACAUGCUUUCGAUUUUGCUUGGCGGGAGAUGCUGAUGAAGACACCAGCUGCCGGAGAGCUGGUAAUAUGUGACACUAAUAUUUACGACGCGGAGAUGUUUUCUGCCACUUGGCGACCCAUCGUUGCUACACUUUCAUACGUCUUCAUGUCCGCAUCCGAUGAUGCUGUGUUUUCAAGAGUGGUCCAAGGUUUCGACCAAUGCGCCCAAAUUGCAGCCAAGUAUGGUUUGACAGAAGUACUUGACCGUAUCAUCUAUUGUCUUGCAUCAAUCAGCACACUUGCGACAGAAAAUCCGCCGAGCACUUCUCUCAAUACUGAGGUGCAGGUAGGUAAGAAAGCCGUCAUGGUCAGCGAGCUGGCUGUCAAAUUUGGUCGAGACUUCAGGGCUCAAUUAGCCACUGUGGUUCUAUUCAGAGUCUUGACUGGAAACGAGGCUACUGUCGGGCAAAGUUGGAAAUACGUAAUUCGAAUCCUUCACAAUUUAUUCAUUAAUGCGCUCAUUCCGCCCUUCGCGGAUAGUCUUAUCUCCAAUUUUGAUAUAACACCAAUUCCGCUUCAGCCUCCGUCACAGGUCGUCGAGCGUGAGUCUCGAGGAGAAACUGGUCUACUAUCAGCCUUCACCUCGUACCUGUCAAGCUACGCUGCCGACGAUCCACCAGAGCCGUCAGAUGAAGAGCUUGAUAACACUCUUUGCACAAUCGACUGUAUAGACGCUUGCAAUAUCAGCGACAUGCUGAAUAAUCUCACAUCACUACCUCAAUCCUCAUUAUCCAACCUUGUUGAUGCGUUGCUAUUGGAACUUCCAGAAGAAAAUGCCUCCGCUGUUAUUGUGGUUAAGACCGAGCGCCCAUCAUCUGCUGGACCACGACCUACCAGCGCGAAGACCGAUUUGACGUCGCCUGGCUACAACCCUGGUAUGCUGUAUACGUUGGAGUUGGCCACUGUUCUAGCAAUUCGGGAUGCGGAGACCAUAGAAUCUGUUGGCGAAAAUCUAGCAGGGUCUUUACAAGGUAUCGUCCGAGAUGCUAGGAACGUUCACCCCCUUAUAGUCUCUCGAGUCUUAUAUUACCUACUAAAUCUACUCCGUCUGAGCUAUGAACAACCAUUCAUGCGAGUUCCAGUGAUCUUGCAUGCCAUUUCCAGCUUUGACCAAGAUAUAUUGGAAAUGUCGGCAACUCCAAUUCUCAACAGUUUAUCACGAUGCAUUGCUGAGUCAGAGUUAUUGAGAAGGGAAAUAGUCAUAUCGCCCGACUUUUGGUCCAUCUUACAACGCUUGCGCCCGCAGGCUGUGUCUGCUCCCAUUGUCUUCGAUAUACUCAAAGGCAUCGUCGAGAGUAGCCCUCCAGCAAUUUCGUCAGAUAACUAUGAAUCAGCCGUUGCACUUGCAAAUGACUUUGCAAGUGCCGGAAGUAUAGGAGCUGCUGAAGAGCGUAGGCGAGAUGCCAAUGCGCGUCGUUCCAGAGGCGGCAAGCCUGAAAAGCCAACUGAGAACGACACGGUCUUGAGGGGUAUACAUGCGAUUGGUAUCAUCUACCAAUUGACAAGUCGUACACCUAGCUUGAUUAAACAGUCCCAUCUAGAGAGGAGUGAAGCUUGGGCUGCGUACUGGUCUCCGAUUUUCCAAUCUUUGACGAUGCAAUGUACCAAUCCUUGCCGAGAUAUCCGACACCAAGCCAUCUCUACGCUUCAGCGCUCUCUCGUGUCCUUAGAGUUUGCAUCUGAGAAUGAUGACAAAUGGACGUCGAUAUUCGACGAGGUCCUGUUCCCUCUCAUCUUACGUCUGCUGAAGCCUGAAGUAUACCACUCAGAUCCAAUAGGUAUGAGUGAGACUCGUGUUCAGGCCGCCACACUCGUCUGCAAGAUCUUCCUUCGAUAUCUGGAUCAGCUAUCCAGCUCUGGUGGCAUGCUCGACCUAUGGUUGAAGAUACUGGACAUCUUAGAUAGGAUGAUGAAUAGUGGCCAAGGCGAUGCUUUGGAGGAAGCAAUCCCCGAAAGCAUCAAGAAUAUACUUCUCGUUAUGGCGGACAGUGGUCAUCUCACCCCGCCACCUACCAGCGACGCCAAUAAACAAAGGAUUUGGACUGAAACCAAGAAACGUCUUGACCGUUUCCUGCCCAAUCUGUUCAGCGAAUUAUUCCCGGUCUCUGAACCCCUGAAAGAUGUUCCCACCACCUCCCAUGAAGACAGCGAAGAACACGCUGAAAAGGCCACUGUUCACGACGACUCAAAUGAAAAACAGCAAGAACAAUCCUCACCGUCGCCGAGUCCAGCCGACAUCGACUGA